CAUCUCUUUGUUUUAACAUCUCUGAUCGAGCACUCACUUCCAUCAUUUUUGCUGAAGUUACCAUUAGCAACUGGGCAGCGCCCGGCUGAGCACUUGCUGCUGUUGUUGAGGAACUCGCUUGCAUAAACACAAGAGAAAGUCUCACUUCCAGACACCUGAGAGGAUACUGGUGACUUUACAGUCGGGAUGUAUGUUAGCGACAACAUGAUUUUGACGUAAGCUGCAGCAAGCUGCGCCGUCAUGCUGCCAGGAGUCGGAGUGUUUGGGACAGGAAGCACAGCCCGGGUGCUGGUCCCGAUGCUAAAAGCGGAGGGCUUCGAGGUCCAUGCACUGUGGGGGAGGAGCGAAGAGGAAGCGUGCAGCCUGGCAAAGGAGCUCGGUAUCCCCUUUCACACGAGUCGAUCUGAUGACGUCCUGCUACACCAAGAUGUUGACCUUGUUUGCAUCUAUAUCCCACCCUCAAUGACUCGGCAGAUUGCUGUCAAAGCACUGGGCAUAGGUAAGAAUGUUGUCAGCGAGAAAGCUGCGACAGCUGUGGAUUCGUUUCAAAUGGUGAACGCAGCCAGGUAUUACCCGCAGCUGCUCAGCAUCAUGGGUAACACGCUGCGCUUCCUUCCCACUUUUGCGGCGAUGCGGCAGCUGCUGGCGGAGGGAUACGUCGGUGAAGUGCAGGUAUGCGACGUGCGCGUGUACGGGCCCAGCCUUCUAGACCGCUCGUACGGCUGGACUUGUGAGGACCUGAUGGGAGGCGGGGGCCUGCACACGGUGGGCUCGGCCAUCAUCGACCUUUUAAGUUACUUGACGGGGACGCGGGCCCAGCGCGUUCACGGCCUGCUGCGCACCUUCGUCCAGCAAAAUGACACCAUCAGAGGCAUCCGACGGGUCACCAGCGACGACUUUUGCUUCUUCCAAAUGUUGAUGGGACCGUGCUCGGGCGGCGUGUGCUGCACCGUGACCCUGAACUUCAAUAUGCCCGGUACCUUCUUGCAUGAGGUGAUGGUGGUUGGAUCCACCGGAAGAUUGGUGGCCAGGGGGACGGAACUGUACGGUCAGCGCAACGGCAGCAAAUGUGAAGAGCUGUUGCUCGGCGACGGCGGCCGAGCCGGACCUGAUGUGAAAGACGUACCUUUGCCGCAUCUGCUAGGCUUGGGCGCCAUGGUCAAGGCCCUCAGACAGUCAUUCCAAGCGCACCAGGAGCGCAGGUUGUGGGCGCGUGGGCCGGUUGCCACGGCACCCACCUUCGAGGACGGCCUCUACGUGCAGACGGUAGUUGAGGCCGUCAAGCGCUCCAGCUGUAGCGGAGAGUGGGAAUGUGUGGAGAUCAUGAGUAAGGAGCCCGAUCCCAACCAUAACCUGUGUGAAGCUCUGCACAGAAAUAGGAACUAAUCAUCAAACACUACUCACAAAAGAUUGGCAUCUCUGGCUUGUUGGGGGAAUUUUUCAGGACAAUCCGAAAAUGCGUUGACGGGUGAAUUUAGUUUGACCUUCUCCAAAGUUUUGAGCGCAUUUAUCCAACUGUUCUAUAUAUUUGAGUUCUUUUUGCACAACUCUGUCCUCUAAGGCCCGCCACCGCACACUGAGUGACGUGGCUGAAACCGGUCGAACGUCAUUUGACAGAAAACAGCUGAGCUGUUAAGUUUGCAAUGCAAGCAAGCCCAAGCCCCUUUGACGUCAAUUUCUGUCGGCAGCAGAGGCCAGUGUUGGACAAAUGUCAGCGCCCUAAUCCCACAGUAAAAAAAAAAAAAAAGUCUGAAGUAUUGGCCAGUUAGACAUGAAAGUUUUGAGAAGGUUGACUUAAGUUCCCCUGUAAAGGUUACAGUGGCUUUUGGUUUGUCCUCAAAUUUUCAAACUGCAAAUCGCUACUUGCUGUGACUAAAGUAUUUCAAAAGUGCUACUACUAAACACAUCUGAUGGAGCUUGGCCUGAAUGUUUUUACUUCAGCUGCAGUUUACACCACAUGACUACUCUGAGCUUUCUUUUGGCAGGGGCACCUGUUGAAUAGAAUGUGCUUGAGAAACAUGGUGUUUCUUUUCAGAUGCUUUCUCAUUUGAAAACCUUUUACUUGUUUAAAGUUGUUAUGCCUGCAUGUACUGGGAUUUUGUUGCUUUUUUCCAUUUUGUUAACAUUGUGUUUAUUUGAGAAAGAUUGUGCAUCCAAGUCCAAUGGCACCUUAUUUGAAAGCAUCGAGUUGACUAACAACUUUGCAUUCGUCACACUGGCAGAAUUCUACUGAUGUCCCGUUGAGAGAGCUCAGCUUUUUUUAGAACAUUUAUGAUCUCAAGGUAGAUUUGUGUUCCCGGAAGCUGUAAGCAAUUUGCAGUCUCCUUCACAAAGCAGCGGAUGUUUCAGCGAUGGUGGGAAAAUCACAUUUUCCUAGCAUGGUCCAAAACAUCCUAAUUCCAUCUGAAUGUGGUUCAAAAUUAAAAGCAGACAUUUAAUUGUAUAAAACAGCAUAUUUGGCAAGCAGGGAUUUUUUUUUCUUUUACACAUUGAUGUUUACUCUAAAGAACCCAAGCUGCCUCGAGCGUGAAGCGUGCAUAUAUUUUCCUGCUCUGAUCUUAAUCUUGCACCAGCAGAAGCCAGACGCCUCAAAUUUGCAGUGUAAAGACAUUUGAAUAUUGUUGAUUUUAGAUGGCAAGCAAAUGGCAUGAAACUCGGUUGUUUACAUUUGUUAUCCCUUUUUAAGUUUGUUGGUUGCAAAAAAAACCUAAUGCCUCAAAUACAACAUGCACUGUAAUUGCAGUCGUGUGACUAGGAUGUCAUAAUUGUCAUACAGUCAAUUCUUUAUACUAUUAAGAACACUUUUUUUUUUAACCUACUCAGGGUCUGUAAAUUUUGACAAUUUCAAGAGUGCAUCAUCGCACUAUAAAAUUCCGUUACCCAGCAGCAUGAUGCUAGAGGUCCUUAGAUAAAAAAAAGACAUUCCAAACACCUGAUUUAGCUUAUAUUAUCGUUUUUGCACUGAUACUGUAAAAUUAUUUAACACAUGGUGCGCUUUCUCUACUAGCCAGCGCACUGCAAAAUUAAUUUAACGUCUGCAUGAGGAUGAUUAUUUAUGGUUGGGUGUGGAAAACAAUUACUUGUCUUGUUCCUGUUUGUAAGUCAGUCUGUGAAUUUCUUUUGAAGCUGUAAUAUUUAUUUUUUUAGUUUUUUAAUUCUAACCAUGUCUCUUUGAGCACAAUUUGUUGUAUUUAAGUCUGAGGACUGUUCAUCUGACAGAUAUUUCAUUUAAUAAAUACAGUUGUAUUAA